AUGAAGUUUCAGUACGUCCUCACGGCGCUGGCGGGCCUAGGCCUUGCCGAGUCCAAGAGCUCUCCUAGAGACCGGGCCAAGGCCCUUCUCAAGAAGAUGACUUGGGAGGAAAAGAUUGCGCAGAUGGGGAGUAUUCGACGGUUGUUGAAGCUUGGCCCAGAGGUUGAUGAGGAGAAUUUUGAGAAGAGGUAUUCUCUUCAACAUGGAACUAUUGGCUUUGGUCCCAUGUUCAACUGGAUCUUGGAUGCCCUUCCUCUCGUAAACGACGUCCGUGAGAAGGAGAUCAAGAACAGCCGUCUACAUAUCCCAUUCAUCACCGUUACAGAUUCAGUGAAUGGUUUAUUCAUCUCUGGCGGCACUGUCUUCCCCAGCAAUCUGGCCAUGUCCUCGACUUUCAAUUUUCCCCUAUUCAAGAACAUCACAGCUGCCAUUCGUGAAGAGCAGUUGUCCAUCGGGGUCAACUGGGUCUUGUCUCCUCCUCUGGAUAUUGCCUGGGAGCCCCGAUAUGGUCGUAUCGGCGAGCUCUAUGGAGAAGACUCGUACUUGACUGGCGAGUUUGGCCACGCAUAUGUCCAGAUCAUGCAAGACAAGGACAAAGAUGGAAACAUCAAGGUGGCCUGCACCAUCAAGCACUUUGUCUACGGCGAGUCUCGCGGUGGUGUAAACACUGCCAGUCAAUAUGGUGGCAUCAACCACCUUUUCAACGACCAGCUGCGUCCUUAUAUCCGCGCCUUGGAAGCAGACCCUGCCGCGCUGAUGGUCUCGUACGCUUCUGUCGAUCUCAUCCCCAUGUCUAUGAACGAGUACAUGAUUCAGGAUAUUCUCCGCGGCAAGCUUGGCUUCCAUGGAGUUGUCAUGUCUGACGCUGGUUCCAUCUCCAACAUGUACACGCAGUCUCGGGUUGCCACAUCAUACGCCGAUGCCGGACUUCAGGCAUUGAAGGCUGGUCUCCAGAUGGAGUUGAGCCCUGGUAACCCGGCUGUUUUCCCCAAUCUCAUCAACAGCACCAAGGACAAGCAGGUCGCCAAGCUCAUCGACGAAGCUGCCCUCAACCUCCUCACCAUCAAGUUCGCAACUGGUCUCUUUGAUAAUGACCUCCCAGAUGUUGAAACCGCAAACAAGACUCUUCGACAGGCGGCCCACUUGGAACUUGCCCGUGAAGCAUGCAGGGAGGGCAUCGUUCUUCUCAAGAACGACGGCAUCCUCCCGCAGACUCCCAAGAAGGUGGCUCUGCUCGGUCCCUUUGGUGAACUCCUCAACUUCGGUUCUUAUGCCGCCAUCAACGCAUCGAACCCCAAAUGGGGUGAAUCUCUUCACGCUAGUCUGAAGUCGGCCCUCGGCGAGAAGAAUGUCAAGUUUGUUCCCGCUGUGGACCUCCUCGACACCACUGAUGAUAGUGGCAUCGCUGAUGCUGUUACUGCUGCCAAGGAAGCUGGCUUUGCUGUCCUCAUGCUUGGAUCUCUCUCGGCACCGAUGGAGGACCCUCUCUUCAAGAAGCGAACCGACGGCGAGUUCUUUGCUCAUGCUGACCUUGGCCUUCCUGGUCUUCAGCAGCAACUCCUAGACGCUGUUCUCGACGCAAAGGUACCUACUGUCCUCAUCCUCACCGGCGGCCAGCCCUUUGUCUUGAACAACUCGACGCUCCGUUCCAACGCGAUUAUCCACUCUCUCCUCGGCGGCGAGUUCUCAAACUCUGCCCUCGUCGAGGUCAUCACCGGCAAGGUCAACCCUAGCGGAAAGCUCACCGUCAGCAUGCCGCAGCUCGAUGGUGCCGUGCCCGCCUUUUACGACUACCUCCCCUCGGAUGAUGCAGGUGGUAGUCAGGAUCGAUUAGGUUUCCACUCGGCGUACCAGUGGCCUGUUUUGCAAAAGGCCUCUCCUAUGCCGUUUGGCUUUGGUCUCAGCUACACAACCUUUGAUAUUUCGACUCCUACGGCCGAGUACAAGAAGGGCGAGGUCCACAUCCGCGUUACCGUGAAGAACACGGGUAAGGUAGCCGGAAAGGAGGUCGUCCAGGUGUAUCACCGACCCAACACCUCCGUAGGCCUUGAGUUCCCCGUGAGACGACUCGUGAGGUUCGACAAGGUGGAUUUGCAGGCUGGCGAGAGCAAGGAUAUCGAGUUUUCAAUUCCUAACGAGGAACUUGGAUACUAUGUCAAUGCCAAGCUCGUUGUUCGCGAGGGUCUCUACAACUUUUGGACUGGUUCAAGCUCUAGGGUUGAGGAUCUCAAGGGGGUCAAUGUCACCGUGACGCUUUAA